AUGGCGGAAAAAGAGGCUACCGUCUACAUCGUUGAUGUCGGGAAAUCCAUGGGUGAGCGCCGCCAUGGCCGUCACGUCACGGAUCUCGAAUGGGCCAUGCAGUAUGUCUGGGACAGAAUCACAACUACAGUUGGGACAGGCCGCAAAACGGCUACUGUUGGGGUGGUCGCCCUGCGCUCAGAUGUCACGUCGAAUGAGCUCGAGGAGGAUCCCAGCUUCUCUAACAUUUCCGUGAUCCAAAAUAUUGGGCAGUUUCUCAUGCCUGACAUUCGGAAGCUGCGAGACUGCAUAAAGCCCAGUCAAACUAACAAAGGCGAUGCCAUCUCAUCAAUUGUCAUUGCGAUUCAAAUGAUUAGUGCCUACUGCAAGAAGCUUAAAUACAAGCGCAAGAUUGUGCUGGUCACCAAUGGCACGGGCGUCAUGAACAGUGACGGUAUUGAUGAGAUUCAAAAGAAGAUCAAAGAUGACAAUAUUGAGUUUGCUGUCAUCGGGGCGGACUUUGACGAUCCGGAGUUUGGUAUCAAGGAGGAGGAUAAGGAUUCUCUCAAGGCCAAGAAUGAGGCUCUUCUCCACAAAUUCGUUGAGGGCAGCGAUGGCGUCUAUGGAACACUGGAGGAGGCGAUCGCAGAGCUGGACAUUCCUCGCAUUAAAGUGACGAGGAGUAUGCCCUCUUUCAAAGGAUUUCUCCAGCUUGGCGAUGCUUCGAAAUACGAAACAGCGUUCCGCAUACCCGUCGAGCGCUACUUUCGAACUUACGUCGCCAAGCCCCCCUCCGCAAGCUCCUUCGCCCUUCGCUCCGGUACACAGAGAGAGGAAGGUGAUGCCCCUGCAAGUCAAGCACCGGGUGAAGGCGAGGCCCUUACCACCGUGAGAACAUCGCGGACAUAUCAAAUCUCAGAUGAGUCGGCACCGGGAGGCAAGGUCGAUGUCGAGCGAGACGACCUUGCAAAGGGCUAUGAGUAUGGACGCACCGCCGUCCAUAUCAGCCAGACUGAUGAGAACAUUACGAACCUGGAGACCUUUGCAGGCAUGGAGCUCAUUGGGUUUGUCCAAAGCGACAAGUUUGAUCGAUACCUUGAAAUGUCCAACACCAACGUCAUAAUUCCGCAGCGAGCAAAUGAUAAGGCGUCUCUCGCGUUGUCUUCUUUUAUUCAUGCUCUCUUCGAGCUGGAGAGCUACGCUGUCGCUCGAUUAGUGACCAAAGAGGCCAAGCCACCAAUGAUCGUGCUACUUGCGCCGUCCAUCGAGCCGGACUACGAAUGUCUUAUUGAAUUGCAACUGCCAUUUGCAGAAGACGUACGAUCAUACCGCUUCCCUCCACUUGACAAAGUGGUCACCGUCUCAGGGAAGAUUGUCACUGAACACCGCAACCUUCCAAACGACGACUUGAAGGACGCGAUGAGCCAAUAUGUUGACAGUAUGGAGCUGGACUUGAAGGACGAUGACGGGGACACCAUCCCCGGACUCCCUAUCGAAGAGUCUUUCUCCCCAUUACUGCACCGAAUCGACUCUGCAGUGCGAUACCGCGCUGUUCAUCCCAACGACCCCAUCUUAGAGCCCUCACAGCGGUUAACCAAAUUCGCCAAUCCACCCGAAGAUCUCGUGAAGAAAUCAAGCCAAUACCUUGAAAAAUUAAUGUCCACGGCAGACGUCAAGAAAGUCCCACCGAAAACCAAAGGCCGCAAACGCCAACGCGAAACCGAAAAGCCCCUCUCCGGUCUGGACGUCGACGCCCUCCUCUUCCAAGAACCGAAACGAUCCAAGAUCUCCGCUGAAAACGCCGUUCCGGAAUUUAAGCAGAUGCUCUCGCGUGCCGAGAGCGUCGACACCAUUCACGAUGCUGUUAGGCAGAUGUCUGCUAUUCUCGAGGCGCAGAUUAAGCACAGUCUCGGUGAUGCUAAUUAUGAUCGUGUUGUUGAGGGUCUGGGGACUAUGCGUGAGGAGUUGGUGGAUUACGAGGAGCCUGCGCUCUAUAAUGAAUUCUUGCGCGUGCUAAAGGGAAAGGUCCUGAGUGAGGAGUUGGGUGGGGAUCGGCGAGAGUUGUGGUGGCUUGUGAGGAAGAGUAAGCUCGGGCUUAUUGAUCAGGCUACUUCUGAGCGAUCGGAGGUAUCCGAGGAGGAGGCUAAAGAGUUCUUCUCGGCUGCUUGA